AUCUAUAAAGUUGAUUUGCAGCGCCGAGAGUAUGCCACUGCCACAGCUUCCAGAGACGAGCGUCCUUAAUCCCUAGCAUUUCGUCUCUCGUCAUCCAUUGUUGAACAUGUCGAGGAGAAAGACCAGAGAGCCCAAGGAGGAAACCGUCACUCUCGGACCCGCUGUUCGUGACGGAGAGCAAGUGUUCGGUGUUGUUCACAUCUUUGCAUCUUUCAAUGACACUUUCAUUCAUGUGACUGAUCUUUCGGGAAGAGAAACCCUCGUUCGUAUCACCGGUGGGAUGAAGGUCAAGGCUGACCGCGACGAGUCCUCUCCUUAUGCUGCUAUGCUUGCUGCUCAAGAUGUUGCUCAGAGAUGCAAGGAGCUUGGCAUUACCGCGAUGCACGUGAAGCUCCGUGCCACUGGAGGAAACAAAACCAAGACUCCAGGCCCUGGUGCUCAGUCUGCUCUCAGAGCCCUUGCUCGUUCUGGCAUGAAGAUUGGUCGUAUAGAGGAUGUGACUCCAAUUCCCACCGACAGUACACGUAGAAAGGGUGGACGUAGAGGAAGAAGACUUUGAUUUCCUAAUGGUUCAAGUUGUGCCCUUGACUCUGGUAGUUUCUUGGGUUCACUCUUCGAAGUUAGUUGUGUCUCGUUCCAUUUUAUCUUUCAUGUUGCUUCUAAAACAUUAUAAGUUGUGUCUUUCUUCAACGUUGUAACUUUUGCAUUUGGAGUUUUGGGAAUGAGAAAAACUUAUAGUGACUCUAAUCGCGUUGUAUUACUAAUACUUAGGGUAUGAAUGGUGUACGGGGAAUAAUGCAUUUC